AAUUUUUUCUUUUUUUUCUUUUUUGGAGCGGACCGAUUUCCCUCUUCUCUCUGUCUAAAGCCCUAGCUGUUGCUGGAGUGUUAAUAGCAGAGACGGUUUACAAGAAGAGAAGAAGAUGCCCGUACAAACAAUGGAGUUGGAGCCCGUGGAGCCACAAUCAUUGAAGAAGCUUAGUCUCAAAUCCUUAAAGCGAACUCUCGAUCUCUUUAGCCCUGUCCAUGGCCACUUAGCUCCUCCUGAUCCUGAGAGUAAAAAAAUUCGCACGAGCCACAAGAUUAAUCUUGAGUAUGGAGUAAUUAAAAGUUCGAGUCAACCUGCACACCAUGUUAAUUCGAGUAGUGGAAAUCAACCGUCAGGAUCUUCCAAUAUCCUUGCUCUGACUGGGCCGGAGGAUUCUAGGGAUCCUCAGAAAGCAGGAUCUCAAAAUGCUUUGGUUGUUGGUCCAUCUGCGCAAACAAAGGGCCCAAAUAAUGUUGGUCUUCAAGGCAAAGGCACUAUGGUUGUUUCUACUUCUGGAUCGUCUGAAAGGAAUUAUUCGACCUCUGCAAUAAUCGAAAGAAUACCGAGCAGAUGGCCACGGCCUGUAUGGCAUCCUCCAUGGAAGUGCUACAGGGUCAUUAGUGGCCAUUUGGGAUGGGUAAGAUCCAUUGCAUUCAAUCCUAGUAAUGAUUGGUUUUGCACUGGCUCUGCAGAUCGCACAAUUAAGAUAUGGGACGUCGCAAAAGGAACAUUGAAGCUCACACUAACUGGACAUAUUGAGCAAGUUCGAGGCCUUGCUGUUAGCAACAAACAUACCUAUAUGUUCUCUGCUGGUGAUGACAAACAAGUUAAAUGUUGGGACCUUGAACAAAAUAAGGUUAUACGGUCUUAUCAUGGCCAUCUAAGUGGUGUCUACUGCUUGGGUCUUCAUCCAACCAUUGACAUAUUGUUUACUGGAGGACGUGAUUCUGUCUGUCGGGUCUGGGAUAUUCGCACAAAGAUGCAAAUUUUUGCUCUAUCUGGGCAUGAAAAUACAGUCUGCUCAGUUUUCACUCGACCAACGGAUCCACAAGUUGUUACUGGCUCCCAUGACUCAACCAUUAAGUUCUGGGACCUUAGAUAUGGAAAAACAAUGGUGACUCUCACACACCAUAAAAAAUCUGUGCGAGCGAUGGCAUUGCAUCCUACAGAAAAUUGUUUUGCAUCUGCCUCAGCGGAAAAUAUAAAGAAAUUUAACCUUCCAAAGGGAGAGUUUUUACAUAACAUGCUCUCACAGCAGAAAACUAUAAUUAAUGCAAUGGCUGUCAAUGAGGAUGGUGUGUUGGCUACAGGAGGUGACAAUGGGAGUUUGUGGUUUUGGGAUUGGAAGAGUGGUCACAAUUUCCAGCAAGACCAAACAAUUGUACAGCCUGGCUCAUUGGAGAGUGAAGCUGGUAUCUAUGCUCUCUCCUAUGAUGUAACUGGUUCUAGGCUUGUUACAUGUGAAGCUGACAAGACAAUCAAAAUGUGGAAAGAAGAUGAAACUGCUACACCAGAAACCCAUCCUCUCAACUAUAAGCCGCCAAAAGACAUUCGGCGCUUCUAGUUUCAUCAGCCUAUCUGGCUGCUCUCGUUGGUGGUGUAUUACUCUGUUUGGUAAUGUUCUAGCUUUUUGUAAAAUUAAUUUAGCAAUAUCAUUUGGGUUCACUCCACAGUCAAGCUAGUUAUUGCCAAAAGGAAGAGUUCCCAAAUACAACUUCCCGAUCUUCUGUACAAAAUUGCCCAAGCUAGAUAGAGUUGGAGAAAAAAAAAAUUAGCAUCUUCUUAACACCAUGAAAACAGCUUGUCCUUAGUCGGGUUUUGAUUCCCUUUCCUAGUCAUGAAAUUUUCGAAGGCUUGAAUAAGACUUGUUUGGACUUUGGAUUUGCAGUAUGUUCCUCGGCUAUUGAUUCCAGUUUGAGUUAUUUAA